GUGGGGGGGGGGGGGGGCUGCAGUGCUGAUGGAGGGCAGCCAUUGUAGUUCAUGACAGGCUUCUAGAAAUAAGGAGUACUUCAUUAUGCUUUUUUAAUUCCCCAUGCCCCCUUUAGUCCACAGCAGCAUUCCUGGGGCCUAUACCUGCUAUACAACCAUACAGCCCAUAGCUGAGGACUACCCUCUACCAGGGCCGUAUAUUAAUAAUGUGCACUCUUCUCCUACGCGACACACAUAUCAGUACAACGGGUAGGUAGGCCUAGCUACUGAACUGAGCACGCAUCUCUGCGAUUUACGACAUUUACAUCGUCAACGCCGCCACAUUCAACCCUGUGCCGAAACCAUGCCUAAAAUAGCAGUUAUUGGAGGCGGUGUUGUGGGAAUGUCCACUGCAGUCAACGUGAUCGAGUCAAUCCCUGGCGCCCGAGUUACGGUGUAUGCUGAACGGAUAACCCCGGACACUACCAGCGACGGUGCAGCGGGCAUCUUCCGGGCUGACUGUCCGCCAGGAGUACCGGCUGAAAGGGCUAAGGAAUGGUUGGCUCUUUCCUUUCAACACUAUGGGUCAAUCGCCUACUCAGCAGAGGCAGCAAAAGCUGGAAUUUCUCCGCUAUCCGGGUACGAUAUUUACACUUCAGAGCAGCCUGGUUCAAUGUUGAGCCUUGAAGUUAUAUUUCAAUAUCGGUCGGUGACAAAAGAAGAACUGGCAAAGUUACCCAUGAAUUUUAGGUCUGGUUAUUUCAUGUCGACAGUUUACGUGGAAUGUCAACUGUAUCUACCCUGGCUUAUGAAAAGGUUUGCUUCUCAUGGAGGACGCAUACUCAAACAACGAGUAGAGAAUCUUGAUCAGUUCGUAGGUGAAUACGAUGUGGUCGUGAACUGUGCUGGAGGUGGGAACAAGACCCUCCUCCCAGACCCUGCCGUGUACGGAAUGCGGGGACAGCUGAUUCGAGUCCGAGCACCGUGGGUGAAGCAGUUCUGUUAUGCAAAUAAGGGGGACCUCGGAUAUAUUAUUCCUAACACUUCUAACGUAGUUCUUGGAGGAACAAGGCAGAGGGAUAACUAUAACUUAGUGCCAAAUGAGGAUGACAAGAAAAUGAUAUGGGAAAAGUGUUGCAAAUUGCUACCGUCUCUCAAGUCGUCAGAAUGGUUGUACGACUGGGUGGGAGUACGGCCUUUUCGAGAACCACUGCGCCUUGAAACAGAAACUCGAAUUGUUGGAGGCAAAGUUCAAAAGGUGGUGCACAACUACGGUCACGGUUCAGACGGGGUGGCCAUGAGCUGGGGGACUGCCGUCAAAGCUACCGAACUUGUAAGACAAAUACUAGACACCUCAUCAAAAUUAUAAAUUUCUACCACACUCAAUGGGUUGGCAUUUUUCUUAUUGGCAAAAAGGGGAGACCAUUUUCGAUUGUAGGAAGUGAUAAAUGAAACAUGAACUAAAGGAGGAGUGGCAAUGCAAUAUACUUCAAAACUGACGGCCAUUGGUAAAA